AUCAAAGAGAGAAUGCACAGAGCGUUGCUUGAAGCAGAAUCUGAAUUGUAGCACUAGCAACCAAUUAUGCUUUGGGUUUUGCCACUACUUUGUUGUAUAAUUUCUGAAACCACAGCUACAAAAUAUUAAUAUUUACUGUGUAUUAUACAGGUAGGAUAGUCCACGGUGAGUGAGAGCAGCCAAAUAGGCACAUAGAGAGAGAGAGAGAGAGAGAGAGAGGGGAUAUUAGGGGACACCCCACACGAUCUGUGGAGGAGAAAAAAGAGAAGGGGGGAAUCAUCAUCAAUCAUGCCAUCAGGUUCUAAGAAGAGAAAAGCGGCUAAGAAAAAGAAGGAACAAGCAACCAACAACACCAAUUCAUCAACUAACAACAACCCACAUGGAAAUGGGGAUCAAAGAAGCCAAGAUGAAAGAGAAAGUGACGGUGGCGAUGUUGGUUCCCCCGCAUCUCAAGGCGACCCCAAUCACCAGCAUCCAUUCAAUCAGAGGGAAGAAGAAGGAAAAAGAGGGGCUUCACCUGUUCAAUCGCAUGUAACUGAGGACAAGUCUGUGGAAGAAGCCAAUAGAGAUGCAGAAAGCUCUGAGAUAUUGAGAUCGGAUGAUGUUUUUGCUGUUAAAGUUGAAGAUGAGUCGGGACCUAAGGAGGAUCUUGAGACCACGCUUGUCGCCAUUCGGCACAUUAAGCAUGAGAAGAGCUCUAGUAGCAGCAGUAGCAGGAGCAGUUCAGAUGAUGAAUCUCAAGUCACUCAGAAGAAUUCUAAGGAAGAAGCCUAUAAUUUUGUUUCUGAAGCGACUGCAUAUGGCAAUGAGGAUAAGCUGGCUACUGUUACAUCUGAAGAAGUCCUGAAGUUGGUUGAGAAUGAAGCAGUCGGAAAUGUUGAUAGUAAUUCUGCAGUUGAAACUGCUAACGUUGACAAUUUGGUAAAAAGUGGGUUAUAUGUGCCAGAGGAACUGGAUCAUGCUGCAGAAGUUUCUGCAAACAAAUCAGUGUCUGUUGUAGUUGAACCAGGGUUGAAGGAAAGUGAAGAGAAAUUAUUGCCUUCUUCAAAUGGUGUCUCUCAGGUUGAGUUGGGAGAAAAUGAAGGAAAAAAUGUAUCAUCCUCUGCUACUUCUACUGCUGAAAGUAGUACUGUGGUGGAAAAUCCCCAACAUCUUGAGUCCCAUGAUCAUUCUGAAAAGCAGCCUCUUGUUGCUUCGACUCCACCAGUGGUGCAAAGAACCUCGUUGUUCAGUUGCUGCGGAUUGCUUGAUGUUCUUACUGGUUCUGGGAGAUAAUUGCAGAACCAUCGGUUCAUGGGGCUUCAGUAGACAUGGCAAUUCGUCAAAGUCACAAAGGGUUUGGUUUCUAUACGUCUAUUUCAUUUCAAGGCUCGAUGUGUUUUCUUUUUUUUUUUUUUUUAAGAAUAAGGGGCAUCAGACCUAGCUAGAAAAACAGUAAUGAAAUUUUGUCGUAGUUAUACUGUGAAUGCUGAUAGUUGCUAGUUGUUGGUUCCUAGCUUUGAUUACAUUCUUUUAUUGUCACUUUUGCGGCUUAGUUUCUUAGCUAGGUUAUUUAGUUCUUGUUCCAAACCGUGUGGACUAGUUUCGUUAAAGAAUACCAAGGCUUUUGAGUGUAAUUUCAACA